GCUAAUUUUAUUUUUGUUCUACUCUUUAGAAAUCAGAUGGCCGCUGUCGCUAUUUCCUCACCCUCGACUCAGUCUUCGCUUCGUCUUCUCAGACUCUCCUGCUCCUCCUCACCAUCUGGAUUCUCCUCUUCGAUCCGCUAUUCUUGCUCCCACCUCUUCAGCACAGUAACUUGUCGCCGCGCCGCUGCGCCCUCUCUGCCUGCCUUGACUCGAGCGCGAGGCUGCCGCAUCACUGCUUUCGUUGACCUGGACGAAGGUCCAUUCGCUCUCACCGACGAUCCUCCCUUCGAAGACGUCAAGGUCGAAGAGGAAAUCAAGCUUGUGGGGGACCUUGGCGGUGGCUUUGGAGGCGGAGAAGUAGGGGACGGAGAAGGAGACGGUUACGGUGGUGGUGACGACGGAGGUGAUGAUGGCGGUGACGGCGGAGAAGGGAGUAAAGGAGAGGGCGAGGGUGAGUCUGGAAAGGAGAAGAAGGUGAGCGGUAUGUCGAUGUCGCAGAAGCUGACGCUGGGCUACGCCGCCGUAGUUGGAGUGGGUGGCGUCAUGGGCUAUAUGAAAAGUGGUAGCCAGAAGUCACUUGCUGCUGGGGGAGGUUCAGCAUUGCUAUUGUAUUACGUGUACACUCAGCUUCCAGUGAAACCAGCUUUUGCAUCGUCCUUGGGGCUAGGUUUGUCUGCUGCACUCCUAGCAGUUAUGGGUUCGCGUUUCAAGAGAUCUGGCAAGAUAUUUCCAGCUGGUGUUGUUUCAGUUAUCUCAUUUAUAAUGGCUGGUGGCUAUCUUCACGGUAUCCUCCGCAGUUUGCAUGCGUAGAACCAAACUUCCACUUUUCUGUUUGCCUUUUACAUGAAUGCUUCAUACCAAGAAGAUCUGCUCUCUUUUGAAUUGUUUUAGCGUGCCAUAUUAGGAUGCCAUCAAGUAGUUGCUCUUUUGAUGCUUUCGUUCUUUUAUACUUUUAGUUGCUGUUUUGAUGCUCUGUAAUGUUUUUUCAUCAAGUAGUUCAUGCGACUGGAUCUUAUCCAAACACAAGGAAGAGUAGCUGUUAAUGCCGUUUAAGCCUUUUAAUAUGCCUAUGCUCUUUCAAAUUAAUUUUUCAGUGUCCGGAAGAUACUACAUUUGUCUACAUUUUUGCAUUGUCA